GAAGUGUGUGGGAACGACAGCAACUCUGCCACCAAGUGGUAGGACACGUAAACUGACGGAGCGGGGUCAGUGGAUGCUGAGGAGCAUAGUGCAAAGAGGUGGCCAACUUUCUGCAGAGUCAAUCUCUACAGACCUUCAAACUUCAUGUGGCCUUCAGAUUAGCUCCAGAACAGUGCUUCAGCAGAGAGCUUCAUGGAAUGGGUUUCCAUGGCCCAGCAGCUGCAUCCAAGCCAUACAUCACCAAGUGCAAUGCAAAGCGUGGGAUGCAGUGGUGUAAAGCAGCCACCACUGGACUCUAGAGCAGUGGAGACACCUUCUCUGGAGUGACCAAUCACGCUUCUCCAUCUGGCAAUCUGAUGGACCAGUCUGGGUUUGGAGGUUGCCAGGAGAACCAUACUUGUGGGACUGCAUUGUGUCAAGUGUAAAGUUUGGUGGAGGGGGGAUUAUGGUGUGGGCUUGUUUUUCAGGAGCUGGGCUUGGACCCUUAGUUCCAGUGAAAGGAACUCUGAAUGCUUCAGCAUACCAAGACAUUUUGGACAAUUCCAUGCUCCCAACUUUGUGGGAACAGUUUGGAGCUGGUCCCUUCCUCUUCCAACAUGACUGUGCACCAGUGCACAAAGCAAGGUCCAUAAAGACAUGGAUGACAGAGUCUGGUGUGGAUGAACUUGACUGGCCUGCACAGAGUCCUGACCUCAACCCCAUAGAACACCUUUGGGAUGAAUUAGAGUGGAGACUGAGAGCCAGACCUUCUGGUCCAACAUCAGUGUGUGACCUCACAAAUGUGCUUCUGGAAGAAUGGUCAAAAAUUCCCAUAAACACACUCCUAAACCUUGUGGACAGCCUUCCCAGAAGAGCUGAAGCUGUUCUAGCUGCAAAGGGUGGACCCACGUCAUAUUGAACCCUAUGGAUUAGGAACGGGAUGUCACUUACCUUCAUAUGCGAGUCAAGGCAGAUUUACCGUUUUCUGAGGACUUCCACAGUCUGAAUGCAUGAACAGAUGCAGAGCAUUAUCCAUGGUCAUCCCACAGAGGAGUGACAGCAUCAGGUCCAGGUCCAGGUCCCGCAGAGGAGGACCAUGGCCCUGAGCGAUGCCAGCGCCGACCCUCUGGCCCUCAGCAAAGGAUCCCCCCAUCCUCUAAAUGGAAACAGACCUUCUAGUCCCAGUAGACCAAUCAGCAGGGAUCAGGACCUUCUGACAGCAGGAAAAGACAACGCUGCAGAGAAGAACGGAGCUCCAGAAACCCAGCAGAGAUCUCAUGUUCUCCAGGGAACCUCCAGACCGAGUCAGAACGGCGGUGUGGUCCAACAGAACGGCUCCCUGAGGAACCUCCAGCCUUCUUCCUCCUCCUCCUCCUCCUCCUCCUCAGACUCUCAGAGGAAGGCCAGACACCACCUUCCCUCCUCCUCCUCUCCUCCCCUCUGCUGCAAACACUGCCUCUUCCACUCCCCCCUCUGCUGCCCCUGUGGACAGCCGGACUGCCCCCUCUACCAGGGACCAGGACCAGGACCAGGACCAGCAGCUCCGUCCUGCCCCUGCUGCCUCUCUGCCUGCUCAUACCCCCAUCCUCCUCACCCGUCCUCCCCCCUCCAUCAGCACCAUCAGCAGCGCUGGCAGGAGCUCCAGAACCAGACGCAUGGAGCAACCAUCAGCCCAGUGAGGCCCUUCAGGUUCCCCAAAAGUUAUGCUGAGCUGAUAGCCGACUGGCCGGUGGUGGUUCUGGGCGUGUGCACAGUGCUCAUCGUGGUCUGUGCUCUGGUUGGCAUCCUGGUUCCCGACCUGCCGGACUUCUCAGACCCGCUGCUGGGUUUUGAGCCGAGAGGAACGGCCAUCGGCCAGCGACUGGUCACCUGGAACAACAUGGUGAAGAACACCGGAUAUAAAGCCACCCUGGCCAACUACCCCUUCAAAUACGCCGAUGAACAGGCCAAGAAUCACCAGGAGCCCAGGUGGCCUGAAGACCACUUCGACAGAGACAAACGACAGGCUGAGUGGGACUUCAGCAAAGAGUUCUUCUGUGAUGUUCCAGGUGACAGUUACUCUCGCCUAGUGUUCACGUCAGCUGAAGGGAAGAACCUGUGGAGCAUCCAGGCCAUCAAGUCCAUGUGUAAUCUGGACAACACCAGAGUCCGUUCCCACCGGGACUACUGGAGUCUUUGUCAGCGCACCAAUGAUGCCUCUUGCUGCCCCAGCUGGACCCUCGGUAACUACAUCGCUGUCCUCACCAACAGGUCAUCCUGCCAGAAGAUCACAGAACGUGACGUGUCGCACACUCUGAAGAUCCUGCGUUCCUGUGCUAAGUACUACCACAACGGCACCCUGGGGCCCGACUGCUGGGACAUGGCCCUGCGGAGGAAGGACCAGCUGAAAUGUGCCACCGUGCCCCGCAAGUGCACCAAGUACAACGCCGUCUACCAGAUCCUCCACUUCCUGGUAGACAAAGACUUCCUGAGUCCUAAGAGCUUGGAGUUUCCUCCACCUGUCCUGAAGUGCAGUAUGCUGUUCUCCCCCACCGAGAAAGGAGAGUCCAUGAUGAACAUUUAUUUGGACAAUUUUGAGAACUGGAACUCCUCAGAUGGCGUCACCACAGUCACUGGAAUCGAGUUUGGCAUCAAGCACGAACUCUUCCAGGACUACCUCCUGACAGACACGGUGUACCCGGCCAUAGCCAUAGUGAUCGUCCUGCUGGUCAUGUGUGUUUACACGCGGUCAGUCUUCAUCACACUCAUGACCAUAAUAGCCAUCAUCAGCUCGCUGAUUGUGUCCUACUUUCUGUACCGAAUGGUUUUCAACUUUGAGUUCUUCCCCUUCAUGAACCUGACGGCCCUCAUCAUCCUGGUGGGCAUCGGUGCAGAUGAUGCCUUUGUUCUCUGUGACGUUUGGAACUACACUAAGUUUGAUAAACCGCAUGCUGAGCUAUCAGAGACGGUCGGUGUAACUCUACAACACGCCGCCCUCUCCAUGUUCGUCACCAGCUUCACCACCGCUGCAGCUUUUUACGCCAACUACGUCAGCAACAUCACCGCCAUCCGCUGCUUCGGAGUCUACGCCGGCACUGCCAUUCUGGUGAACUACAUCCUGAUGGUGACGUGGCUUCCUGCUGUGGUGGUUCUACAUGAACGUUACCUGCCCAACAUAUUCCCCUGCUCCAAACCUCCACACCAGCAGACAGGCUACUGCACCCAGAUGUUCUGGGCUGGUCUUUGCCAGAAGGCCAACAAAUGCCUGUUUACGGUCUCUGAGGCAUCCAGGAUCUUCUUCGAGAAAGUGCUGCCCUUCAUCGUCAUCAAGCUGCGCUACCUCUGGCUCUUCUGGUUCCUGGCCAUCACCAUCGGCGGGGCGUACGUGGUUUGUGUAAACCCAAAGAUGAAGCUUCCUUCCCUGGAGCUGGCGGAGUUCCAGGUGUUUCGAUCCUCUCACCCCUUUGAACGUUACGACGCAGAGUACAAGAAACUCUUCAUGUUUGAGAGGGUUCAUCAUGGGGAGGACCUCCACAUGCCCAUCACCAUCAUCUGGGGGGUGACCCCCGUGGAUAACGGAGACCCCCUGAACCCCAAAAACAAGGGGAAGCUGAUGCUUGACAGCAGCUUCAACAUCGCCAGUCCAGCAUCUCAGCUGUGGAUCCUGAACUUCUGCCAGAAGCUGAGGAACCAGAGCUUCGUCUUUCAGUCUGAGGAGCAGGACUUCACCAGCUGCUUCAUCGAGACGUUCAAACAGUGGAUGGAGAACCAGGACUGUGAGGAGGCCUCCGUCUACCCCUGCUGCAGCCAGUCCACCUUCCCCUACAAGCAGGACGUGUUUGAGUUGUGCAUCAAGAGAGCCAUCAUGGAGCUGGACCGGAGUACCAACUACCAUCUGGACAGCAAGACGCCUGGACCUCGGUUUGACAUCAACGACACCAUCAGAGCCAUCGUUUUAGAGUUCCAGAGUACCUACCUCUUCACCCUGGCCUAUGAGAAGAUGUUCCAGUUCUACCGAGAGGUGGACGCUUGGAUCACAGAGGAGCUCCGCUACGCCCCGGCAGGCCUCAGCCACGGCUGGUUCAUCAGCAACCUGGAGUUCUACGACCUCCAGGACAGCCUAUCAGACGGCACCCUGGUUGCCAUGGCGCUGUCGGUGGCCGUUGCCUUCAGCGUCAUGCUGCUGACCACCUGGAAUGUCAUCAUCAGCCUGUACGCCAUCCUGUCCAUCGCCGGGACCAUCUUCGUGACGGUGGGGUCUCUGGUGCUGCUGGGCUGGGAGCUCAACGUCUUGGAGUCCGUCACCAUCUCGGUGGCGGUCGGACUGUCGGUGGACUUCGCCGUCCACUAUGGCGUGGCCUACCGCCUGGCCCCGGAGCCCGACCGCGAGGGGAAAGUGAUCUUCUCCCUCAGCCGGAUGGGCUCUGCUAUCGCCAUGGCGGCGCUGACCACCUUCGUUGCCGGGGCGAUGAUGAUGCCCUCCACCGUGCUGGCCUACACUCAGCUGGGCACCUUCAUGAUGCUCAUCAUGUGCAUCAGCUGGGCCUUUGCUACCUUCUUCUUCCAGUGCAUGUGCCGCUGCCUGGGGCCGCAGGGCACCUGUGGGCAGAUCCCACUGCCCAGGAAGCUGCAGUGCCAGGCCUUCAGCGAGGCCACGGCCGCCAGCCCCCCACCCCAGGGCAAGAGCUCCGGUCUGGGGAAGUACCAGCUGGACGGCCGGGGCGGGGAGGUGGAGCACUACGAGCUGGAGCCUCUGGCCUCCAGUCAGAAAGCUGAAGACAAACCUAGAGAAGAGGCUGAAGGUCCUCAGCUUUAUAACGGAGUCCCUCCUCACCACAACGCCUCGUUUCCUCACAUCCACUACAGAAGCACCGAGAUGAGCAGAACCGGCCCGGAGAACGGCCUGGUGGCCCCGUCCAGGUGUCAGUACUCCCACAACUCUACUUGCACCUGUGGAGACCAUCCUGCUGCUCACCUGCUGCAGCAGUGGACCCCCCAGGACUCCCUGUCCGCACCCCCCACCCCUCAGCCCCUCUCAGGGACCCCCAGCAAACAGAACCCAGCCCUGGACCCGGUUUACGCCCACAUGGAGUGUCAGCUGCACUACGUCCACUGUCCCCUCACUCACUUCCACCACUGCUGCCAGGGCCGAGUCCGACCAGGACUGGCCCACAGCUGCCACCUUAGGAAGUACUGCGUCCACGCCACUACCCCGCCUGGUCCAAUCAGAGAACAGAGAUCCACUAGUCCUGCUUCUAACCAGGACUCAGGAUCUUCAGGACAUGAACCCGUGGGAGAAGAAGAAGUUCUUUCACAUGAAGCGAGUUCCUCCAGUCCUGACAGCCGGACCCAGCCUCUCAGCGAACCUUCAGAGUGUCCAGAACCACAGAGAAGGAAGGACGGCUGCUGUGGGGAGAAUCACGUUUCCACAGAUGCUUGCUGUAAAAUCCCUGGCAACCAGGAGAAGUUCCAGAGUUUUCCCAUCACAAGGGAGGAAAGCAUGAAAAAGCAGGACUGGAAGAGAGAGCGGGCAUCCUCCGCCUCCCCAAAGAAACUCUACUGCUUUAACAGGAUGCUGAAGGUCAAAUGCAGUUCAGCUUCAGACUUUAACGUGCCAAAAAGUGAAGCCGGCGUGCCUCCGAUCGCAAUAAACUCCAACCCGUCCUCUGAGAGCUUAUGCUGACCAGAACCUGAUCGAGCAGAACAAACAGCAGAUGUCCAAAUAAACAGAAAGCUGAAGACACGUCCAGUCUGUGAAUCAUACCGGUGUUUGAUGAUAAGUGCCUCGGUGUGUUUCAGACCCACUAACUCUGUUAUGUUUUCAGUUUCUGUUCUUCACCAGGUUGAUUUCUGGAACACACUAAAAGCUCAUCAUUGUGGGAAACUGAUGUUUUUAUUAGAUUUUUUUUUACACCUCCAUGAACUUUCACCUGAAGUGUUAAACAUCCAGCAGCCGUUUGCAUCAGCUCCUACAGCGUCUGUGUUGUCAGAUGGUGCGUUUCUCUCUCUGUGCUUCAGAUCACAUCAGCCUGAACAACAAUGUGCCACGUUUUAAAGCUGAAAAGAAAAGAGAGUUGUUGCUGUCGCUUUUUGUGUUUGUGCUGAACUUUUCCGUGUGUUCAGGUCAGAUAAAUGAUGUACUUCUGAUUAAAACCACUUUUUUACGGCUUUA